AUGGGAACGACUAGUAGUAAAACGGGCCCUCCCCAUGAAGAUAAAAACAAUGAAAAAACUAAUAAUCUGGAUGAAGUGAAUACAAGAUUUAAAUGUUGCAUAUGCUUGGACAAUGUAAAGGACGCAGUUGUCGGUUUUUGUGGCCAUUUAUUUUGGUUAGUUUUAUUGCUACAUUCUAAUAAUCAUAGUUAUCAUAAUGGCUUCAAACAAAUAGUAAAUACUAAAUAUAUGGCACAAUAGUUAUCUAAUGUAUUUUGCUUGACACAAUUAUUUCACAAUUUGUCUACACAAUUGUACUUUCACAAAAUAAACGUUUAGAUGGUAUGGUAAUUUGUUUUCCUUUCACCAAAAGCAGCAUUUCAACAACUGUUAUGAUCAAUUAAUAUUGGCUAAUUUAGGCUUUAGGCAACACAUUAAGUUUGUCCUGUACUGUUAUCACCUUACAGAGAUUUCAUUUAUGUAUUUAACUGUGUAGUUUUGGAUAAAAAUACAUUAUUAUUUAUAUUUCCAUAUUGUAUGAUACUAUAAUAUAUAUGUGACAACCAUCACCUUAAGACUAACUAUUUCUCUAGGUUCCAUGAAAAAAAUACAGCUUCAAUAAAGACUCUUAUCAUCACUUACAUAUUUGGUAAGUGCUAUUUUUACAUGUAUAUAUAUAUAUUUUAAAAGUUUAUAUAUAUAUAAUGUGAACAUUGUACAUUAGGCUUUAUUUGGUAAACAAAAAUCCGACUUUAAAACUAUUAUCUACUUUUCUAAUUUUAUGAUUUUUAUAGACCAUCAUGUGUAAUUAAAAAGAAAAAAAAAAUUAUAUAAAGCCAUUGGAGGACUAUAUUUUGAAAAAAUUAAACACAAAUCUUUGAAAUUGAAGAAGAAACUUUUUUAAUUUGUAUGUAUUAUAUUUUUAUACACCCAAUCCAAAUGUUGGGUCUUGCAAUUGCAAAACAUGAUUGUAAGAUUGAGCGCCACUGGCAUGAAUAAGACAUUCAUUAAAGGUUGCUGUGUACAUAUUUAAGAUUUAACUGCAUUACUGAAGUAUUAUGUAAUCAGUUUUAAUAACUAAUCAUUAAGAAUAUUUUGGAAAGCAAGCAGUAUUUAUGUAUUUAGAAUAACCCGAUGUGUUCGUAAAUGUUAAUUAAUAAAUGCUCAUAAAUUCUUAUUGUACUAGACAAUGACUUAAAAUCCAAUCCACUUAGAUUGAUCUAAAGAUGGUAUUAAAUAUUUCUUUCUCUUUAAUUUGUACUUUGUAUAUGUUUGUAUAUUUAAAAUAUUCUUAUACUUUACUAUUCUGGGUUAAUAGGUAAAUACUUUAUAAUAGGGAUUUAAUUUAUCGCAUUGUAACAAAAAUAAUUUGCAAAAUUAUUAUUUAAUAAUACAUUUCAUAUUUCAGCCGGCUAUGCAUAUUUAAAUGGUUGGAAGCAGCAUCAAGUCACCGAAAAUGUCCAGUGUGUAAGGCUCACAUAAGCAAAGAUAAAGUUAUACCUAUUUGUGAGUUUAGAAAUGCCGAACAAGAAGAUCCGAGGUAUUUUUUAUAUUAAUUGUUACUGAUACCAUAUUUAACAAAUGAUUAAAAACUUUAUUUAAAACAAAUAAUUUAAUAAUUAAACAUACAAAUCCAUAGUUCCACAAAACAUAUUAGGUAUCAGUGGAUAACAUAAACAAUGCUCAUUGCUGCUCCUAAAUAUGAUUCUGAAACAAGACCAAGUGUAUGCUUUUUAUGAGUUUUAUUGCUGUAAUAUAAAAUUCUAUUGAAAUUGAUGCAGUUGUGAUGUGACUUUGUAUAUUACUUUAUUUAUUUAAUGUAAUUUUUAUUUCCAUUCAAAAAAAAUGUUUUUACAAUUUAUUUUCAACAUUUUAGUCAUUAUCUAAGCAAGUUGUUAAGAAAUCUCAACUUUUAUAUUUCUAAUUAUACAGUUUUAUAAAUUUGUUUUUGCCUCUUAACCCCACAUGGUUUUUUUUGCAAGAUUGCAUGGCAUGAUUCAAAUCGAGUUGAACAAGAGCAUAAAAAAAUCAUUGUGUAUAUAAAGUAAAGAAUUUAUAUUUUGUCUAUGGUGUUGUUUUUGUUAGUGUAAUUUUAAUGGUUUUACAAAAUAUAAUACUUCUGCCAGAAAUCAUGAUUUAUAGGAUAUUUUGGUAAAUUAUCAAAACUGUGAUUUGUUUCAAUUAUAAUUUAUUAUUUAAAGUGUCUAUGUUAAAGAAUGAAAUCAAAAACCAUUGUGUUUAUUGUUUUAAUAAACACAUAUUAGCAUAAGCAUUAGGUUAUAUAAUUUUCGAUCCUCUUGUAAUUUUGUAAGUUAUAAAUUAUAAUACAUGAUUCAAUAAUAUUACAAUUCAAAACUAUUUUAAUAAUUUAGUAAAAACUUAGUAAUUUAUAAAUUAUUUUUUUCAUCAGUUUUCAUGUAAAGGUUAAAGGAUGGUAAAAUUACCAAUUCAUUUAAGGUUAAAACAUGACAAAAUACAUAUCUGCCUUAAAAAUUCAUUGGUUAUUAACAUUAAAAAAAAAAAGAAGGAAAAAUAACAAUUCUACCAUAACAUUAAUAAUUUGAUCUAGUUUUGUAUUAUUUAUUGAUAAUACACUUACCUCUAGCACACAUUUGAACAAAUACAAAUAAAUCAACUGCAUUCAAAAAAGUUUCUUUUAUAAUAAUUUUAUAAACUAAUAGUGACAUAAAACCCACACACAGUGACUGUGCCGAUGGACACUUUUUCGUAGUAGUUUAGAUAAUAUUUACAAUAGUUAGAUGUUUAAUGGAAAAUAAGUAUCACCUAAUUGAAGAAUUGAAAAAUUAACCAGAUUUGUAAGUUAGAUUUUGUUAUUAAAUAUAUGUAAUUUUUUUUUUUUAUUAUUUUUAGCAACCCAUUACCACCAAUACUAACUGGCAUUACAACUGAACCAGAUGAAGCUGCCAUAGUAAACUUUAGAUUUUAUACUUUUAUUAUUCAUUUAAAUUUUUUUUAUUAAUGCAUUAUUUUUUGUUAGGGUAACGUUGGUUUCAAGUUUCUUAGAGAGUACUUGAAUGGAAUACCUUAUAUGGAAAAUAUAUUUGCAUUAAAUUUCAAUGAUCUUGAACAUAAUAGAUGUAAGUGA